AUGGACAAUGCAAAGUACCACUCAAAAGUAGUUGACAAACCACCUAACAGCAGUUCUAGAAAGGAUGAAAUAAUAGAGUGGUUAAAUAAUUAUGACAUACAGUAUGAAAAGGUGAUGUUAAAAGCCGAAUUGUUAGAACUUAUUCAAAGAAACAAACCACAGACAAAAUAUGAAGUUGACGAAAUUGCGAAGAAACAUGGUCACCGAGUACUUCGUCUGCCACCAUACCACUGUCACUUCAAUCCUAUAGAAUUAAUCUGGGCUCAAGUAAAGGAAUAUGUUGCAAGAAGCAACAGGAAAUUUAACAUAACUGAAAUAUUACGGUUGACGAAAGAGGAGUUGGAACAUGUAACAGAGUCUGAUUGGAAGAAGGUAGUAGACCACACGAAGAAUAUAAUCCUAGAUGCUUGGAAAAAUGAAGGGUUGAUGGAAGACUCCGUUGAGCAGAUGGUAAUAAACAUCGGCAAUGACAGCUCCAGUGAAGAGGAUUCGGACAGUGACAGCAGCGACAAUGAAGAGGAAGAACGCGGCAGUAACGUGAGUGGUAUUUUUCCCUCUCUCUCCGGUGGCAGAAAGAGUGUUGGACUUCGAUGA